AUGGCACCUCGAGGUCGUCAGAACACCAGUGGGCGCGAGGCGCGGAAUGCCCGUAAGCCUGCCACCACGACCCGGGGCGGAAUCCAGAAGCGCAAGGCUGGCCGUGUCGAUGGCGAUGGUGAUAUGGACAUGGACAGUGCCGGUCGACGUGCUAAGAAGCCUGCCGCUGCCGAGCCUACCACCACUCGGUCUAGCACCCGCACUUCAGCGCGUGGAGGUCCUUCUAAGAAUGCUCAAAACGUUCUGAAGCAUCUGAGCAAUGGCACUGCUGCAUCUCUCGCCUCUCGCAUUUCGAAUGCUUCUUCAGGCAGAACUCCUAAGACUCGAUCUCGAGAUAUGACAGGCUUGACGCUGCUGCGAGUUGGCGGUUUGAAGGACAGUAAAGCAGCCAACAACCCCGAUGGAGGUGUCAACGAUCUUCUUGCUUUCAUGGAGAGAAAAGCCGCAUCAUUCCGACCAGGUCCAAAGCGCAAAGCCGCAAUUAAUAUUAAGAAGCACCAUCCCGUUGGUGACUACGUCUACGUAGGUGCGAGUGAGGAGGACGCCGAGGAGCUGCUUAAGCUCAACACUUUCGUAUUUGCUAGCGCACCUUUGGAGGUAAUCAAGGUGGACGAAAUUCCGGAAAGGGGUAGGGCGAUAGAGUCCAAGGAGACUCAAGAGCUUCGCGAAAAACUCCGGGAAAUUCUCAGUUCAAGAUAUAUCGGCGAUAACAAGCUACUCAACUUGGACGCUCUGGCUUCAGACGCAAACCUCGUCACUCUUGGUAUGUUCGAGAGUCGUGAGCGUGCUCUCAAGACAUUCAAGGGUUUAAUGGCUGUAUGCGAUAGUCUCUUCAAAACGGCCAAGGAGAAGCAAGAUGCGAUCGAGAGCAUCAGUCUGGCAAACAACAACAUUGACGAUGUUGCCCAAGUCGAAGUCAUUGCCACGACUUUCCCCCAUCUCAAGAACCUCGACAUGAGUGGCAACCAAGUGGCUUCCAUGCAAGCACUGCAGCCUUGGAAGGGAAAGUUCAAGCAUCUCGAAACACUGUACAUGACAGGCAAUCCCAUCGAAGCGGCUGAUCCAAACUAUCCAGCUGCCCUUCUGGAAUGGUUCCCUAAAUUGCAGAACAUCAAUGGCAGACAACUUCGCACGCCUCAGCAGAUCGCUGAGCAGCAGGCUGCAUUGUUGCCUAAGCCUAUCCCCCAGAACGGUCCCGAUUUCCGAGACGUUGCCGGGAUUGGUGAAAAGUUCCUCUUGGGGUUCUUUACUUCUUACGACAAUAACCGAGCCGGCCUGGCAUCUGAGCUGUACGACGAGGAUAGCCGCUUUUCUAUUUCUGUCGAUACCCGAGCCGCUCCGGAUCCCGACGCGGCCCCUCCCAUGACCUGGGCAACUUACAUCAAGAUCUCUCGAAAUCUCACUAUAAUCACACAUGACAACGCCCGCAUUCAGCGACUCUUCAGGGGUGCCGCCAGCAUCCAGGAUGUCUGGAAAACGCUCCCUCAGACACGUCACCCCGACAUCAAACAAGAACUCAGCAAAUACAUCAUGGAUUGCCAUCCCUUGCAGGGACUGGUUGAUCCCACUGGUCAGAGCACUGGCGGCGUUGAUGGCUUGAUCAUCGCAGUUCAUGGUGAAUUUGACGAACAAGAUCCCGCUACCGGCGUCGCAGGGAAACGCAGUUUCUCACGUACGUUCGUCCUUGGGCCUGGAAGGCCGGGUCAGGAGUUUCGGGUUGUCAGCGACAUGCUCUCGCUACGAACAUUCAGUCCGCUCCCAAACGUAUUCGCGCCUGCCGACCAACACCAGGCUGUCGACCAGCAUCAGGCAAUGAUCGCUGAGCUCUGCAAGCAAACAAACAUGACACCUGAAUUUUCCAAGAUGUGUCUGGAGGGAGUGAACUGGGAUUUUGACAAGGCUCUGGUGACGUUUAACGAGAAGAAGUCAGAACUCCCAGCCAAUGCUUUCGCUACAGCAGGUGGACCAUAG